UGUAUUGUCGUUUUGAACUCGCUGUUUGAGUGACCUAAUCUCAGGUUUUAAUUUUAAUUUUUUAGGUUAGUUGUUAAUUUAAUUGUGUGUUUGGUAAGUUAGGUGACAUUUUUGUGACUUAUCCUUGCCGUGUUUAUGCACGCAAUGCUUUUCUAAUGCUCUCGAAGUUCGUUAUUUGUUUAUUUACUAUUAUUAUUUUGUUUUUUUUAAGCUUGAAUUUCAAAAUUUAGCUGUGAUUAAAUUCAACAUGAUCUAUAUGACUACUGCAUUUCAAUUAUUUUGGCUAUUAGAAGCAUGUUUUUGUAUUUUCUUUAUCUUCAAAGCGAAAAGAAAUGGAAAUUAAGAUAGAAAGAGAAGAGGACAGCUAAAAGAAAAUUCAAGAAAAUUUUAGUUUUAAGACUCUGUUGGAUGUCUCGGCAACAGAAUCGCAGAUGGUGCGUUCUUGAUCUCAAUGAUGGUUCUGCAGAUGAUUACUGCGAUAUUGUGAUGGCAGCUGGAAAAUCUGAUAGUUGCAAAAUGUUGGAACCGUCCAAACCUCCACCCUCCAAGAAAUUAAGAAAGGAGCGGAAUCGAGGAAAGUUACCUGAAACCACAAACCCAACUGAGGUCAUGGAACAAGAAAUAUGGAAAGAUUUUCCAGAAGACCUUUUUGAAGCUGUCAUUGCAAGACUUCCUGUUGCUACAUUUUUCCGCUUUCGUGCAGUUUGUAGAAAAUGGAAUUCUUUGCUAAACUCUGAGAGCUUCUCUCAACACUGUGCUGAAGUUCCACAAGCCAGUCCCUGGUUUUACACUAUCACGCAUGAAAAUGUAAAUUCCGGAGCCAUCUUUGAUCCUUCUUUGAAGAAAUGGCAUCAACCCACUGUCUCUUCUCUGCCCACGAAGAUGAUCGUCUUGCCAGUUGCUUCAGCAGGGGGUCUUGUGUGUUUUAUAGAUAUUGGUCAUCGGAACUUCUAUGUUUGCAACCCCCUGACUCAAUCUUUCAAGGAGUUGCCAGCCAGGUCCGUGAAGGUAUGGUCUCGUAUUGCUGUGGGGAUGACCUUGAAUGGAAAUACAACCAGUGAGGGCUAUAAAAUCCUUUGGGUUUGCUGCGAUGGAGAGUACGAGAUUUAUGACUCGGUAAAGAACUCUUGGACUCGACCAGGAAUCAUGCCAGAUAAUAUUAGACUGCCACUAUCACUCAACUUUCGGUCUCAAGCAGUUUCGAUUGAUGCUACAGUCUAUUUCAUGCGUUCAGACCCUGACGGAAUAGUGUCCUACAAUAUGGUUACUGGGGCUUGGAAGCAGUUUAUAAUACCCGCCCCACUCCAUUUGAGCGACCACACUCUUGCAGAAUGUGACGGCCGGAUUAUGCUAGUGGGAUUGCUUAGUAAGAAUGCAGCCACGUGUGUAUGCAUAUGGGAGCUGCAAAAGAUGACGCUCUUAUGGAAGGAGGUUGACAGAAUGCCAAAUAUAUGGUGCUUGGAAUUUUACGGGAAGCACGUUCGGAUGACAUGCCUGGGCAACAAAGGUUUGCUCAUGUUGUCACUGAGAUCACGACAAAUGAACCGACUCGUUACUUACAAUGUGAAGACCAGGGAAUGGCUCAAGGUUCCGGGUUGCUUGGUUCCACGUGGGAGAAAGCGGCAGUGGAUUGCAUGCGGUACUGCAUUCCACCCGUGCCUUACCGCCACAGCUUGAUUUAUUUAAACACCAUCUGCAUCUUAAUGCAGAGAUUUUUCUUACGGUGUUGCUAUUAUGGUGAGUCAGUUAGAUGCAAGCUGUUGCUGCCUCGUACUUGUUAAUUUUAAUGAAGCAGAUUGUCAAUGGGAUGUACAAACAUGUCGAAAAAUAACUCUGAAUGGAAACGACUACGUUUUAUUAGCCUGCUCA